AUGACCGACCCCAACAGCGAACGCGACACCAAACUGCGCGCGAACCUUGAGCAAUACGAGCAGCUGUUCGGCGCCGACGAGGACGCUUUCGAUCAGCCCACCACCACCCGGAAAGAGCUCUGGUCCUACUACCUCUACUACAAUGGUGACAACGGCGUCGGGCCCGGCUCCUACAGCCAGACACUAUUUCAGUCCGCCCUGACCUCUGCCGGCCAUGACCCUGCCAUCUCGCCUCCCGUCGCUGGAAACUGCGGCGAUGGCGCAUGCGUCGUUCCGUGGGGGAAUGGUACACGCAGUGUUGCUUCGGUCGUUCUCAUCGCCAACGGCCUCUGUUUUGCCAUCAUGACACUGCUGUUCGUUUGGCUUGGAAGCGCUGCCGACUACGGCUCGUUUGGACGGUGGCUGCUCCUCGUUCUGACCGUCAUCUGUUGGGCCUUCCAAUACGGUUUUAUGAGCGUCAAGGGAGCUGAGCAAUGGCGCACUGCUAUGGGCUUGUAUAUUGUCAGUUACAUUGCCUACGGCGCCACUCUGGUUUUCUACGCUGCCCUGUUUCCGCGCUUGGCCCGGUACAUGCCGCACGUGAGAAAAGCCCGGGAGGAGGACCUGAAGGAGGGAAAGAUCAGCCAAGAGGAGUACGACAAGAUCGAGAGCCUGGAGAAGAACCAUCUGUCCAACAUCUCUACCGCCCACUCCAAUAUAGGCUACCUACUGACUCUUGCCAUCAACCUGAGCGUCCUGCUUCCGAUGCAAGGCAACGAUUACGCAAACAACUGGGCUCAUUUCCUGACCAAUACCUACUGGAUCAUUCUCGGCAUCUGGUGGUUCAUCUUCCAGCAGCGUCGCCCAGGCCCAAAGCUUCCAAAAGGCUCCAGCUACGCCACCAUCGGCUGGAAGCAAGUCGCCCUCGCCCUGAAAGAGGUCCGCCACCUCCCCCAGACCUUCAUCUACCUCGUCGCCUUCUUCCUGCUGGCUGAUGGCCUCAACACCACCGGCACCCUCAUCAGCAUCAUCCAAGCCGACCAAGUCAACUUCAGCUUCCUGCAAAUCACCUACCUCGGCCUCUCGCAAGCCGUCUGCUCCACUUUCUCCACCUUCACCUUCUGGUACGUGCAACGCUAUUUCAAAAUCAGCACCAAGCGAAUGUUCAUGGUCACCAACUUCUUCUCCGUGCUCAUCCCCUUCUACGGCAUGCUCGGCCUAUGGACGGACCGCGUCGGCUACCACCACAUUUAUGACUUUUGGCUCUACAACAUCCUUUUCGGCCUCUUCCAGGCACCCUACUACGCGUAUGCCCAGACUAUGAUGAGCGAGGUCACUCCGCGCGGUUACGAAAACAUGUUCUUCGGCCUGUACGGAAUCACAAACCGCGCGAGCUCCAUCAUCGGACCGAACGUGGUGCAGGCUAUCAUCAACAGCACCAAUAACAACUGGCUUGGUUUUCCAUUCCUGGUCGCCUUGUGCGCCGCGGCAAGCGUCGUUAUUUGGUUUGUUGAUCUGCAGAAGGGGAGGGAGAACUGCAGGAAGUACGUCGAAGAGAGAAAAUUAGUGCGCGUUGCACGGGAGAGCGGGCGGACGGUCGAAGACAUUGUCGAAGGCGCUGCUCAGGAUGGGGGUUUGACCAUCGAGACAGUGGAUGGUGGGCGGAAAGGCACUUGA